UCUGGAGUGCCUACUUCCAUGUACAACAUACUUUUAUAGCUGCUUCUAAAACAAAUAUAUACUUUUACAGUUAUAUACUUCAUGGCUGGUGUAAGAAGUCAUUUCACUAUAGAAAUGGCUCUAGUUGGGCUUCUCAUAUUGGCUAUCCUGGAUUUCACAGUGGCUCAGACAGGAGUUUGUUAUGGAAGGCUCGGGAACGCAUUGCCACCUCCAUCAGAAGUCGUAGCUCUAUACAAACAGAAUGGCAUCCGAAGAAUGCGAAUCUACGACCCAUACCAGCCUACUCUUCAGGCUCUUGGAGGCUCCAACAUUGAGCUCAUGCUAGGUGUUCCAAACUCUGACCUUCAGAGACUUGCUGCUAACCAAAAUAAUGCAAAUACUUGGGUUCAAAACAAUGUAAGAAACUAUCCUAAUGUCAAGUUUAGAUACAUUGCAGUUGGAAAUGAAGUGAGUCCUUUGAAAAGUGACACAUCUCAGUUUGUACAAUAUGUCCUCCCUGCCAUGAGAAAUAUUCAAACUGCAAUUUCUGCAGCGGGACUUGGGAACCAGAUUAAGGUUUCUACUUCUAUUGAAACUGGCGUACUCGGAAAUUCUUAUCCUCCAUCAGCUGGUGUAUUUCGAUCUGAAGUUCAACAAUAUCUUGGAGGGAUCAUUCAGUUCUUGGUAAACAACAGAGCCCCUUUACUUGUCAACAUAUACCCGUAUUUUUCACGCGUUGGUAAUCCGCAACAGAUAAGUCUUCAAUACGCUCUUUUUACGUCUUCUGGAAUUGUAACACCUGAUGGAACACGGUACCAGAAUCUUUUCGACGCCAUAUUAGAUGCCGUAUAUGCAGCACUUGAUAAGGCUGGUGGCUCAUCUGUGGAAAUUGUUGUGUCGGAGAGCGGUUGGCCUUCGGCUGGAGGACAAGACACGUCCAUUGAUAAUGCAAGGACCUAUAAUACGAAUUUGGUGAAAAGUGUAAAGACAGGAACCCCAAAAAGGCCUGGAAGAGCUAUAGAAACUUACAUUUUUGCUAUGUUUGACGAAAAUCAGAAGAGCCCUGAAUAUGAGAAAUUUUUCGGGCUCUUCCGACCCAAUAAACAACCUAAGUACCCAAUCAGCUUUAACUAGUUAUGGAUAACAAGUUUAUCACAGAGGACAAUGCUCCAGAACUGGUACUUUAUAAGUUCUAAAUAAGGGUUCUUCUAGCGUAUUUGACAAGCAAUAAAGAGCAAUGUGCAUAGCCAAUUACAAUGGCAAUAUAAAAGGAAAUAAAUCAAAAGUGGACUACUUUUCCAUUUUUUGUUGA